AAACUCCUGCUUCACUGUGGUCUGUGUGAAGCAGACAGCAACUGAAACGACGAUGAGGAAAUGAAGUGGAGCAAGAGCGUGACUUCACCUCACCCCCUUUAUUGCCUUGCAAAUCUGCCUGUGUCGAAAACACACAGCCCUUUGCCCGGACAUAUCAGCAGAACGCCGGCCUGGAUCCUCUCCAGACAGCUGAUGGCCGAAGCGAACCCUCAGCCGUCCGCCGCGGCCUCCUCAGGCACGUUCGACCAGGUGCAGAGUCAGGUCAAUGAAGUUAAAGUUAUUCUGAAGGACAACAUCAACAAGGUGCUGGAGAGGGGCGACAAAAUAGACGACCUCAUCGGGAAGACGGACGACCUCCAAGCAUCUGCCGACUCCUUCCAGAGAACGUCGACGCGGGUCGCCCGGAAGUACUGGUGGAAGAACAUUAAAAUGAUGAUCCUCAUCGGUGUGAUUGUGCUGAUCAUCCUGAUACUCAUAAUCCUUGCUGCCCUCAAAGUCAUUUAACCUUUGACCCCAGAAGUCACCACCAUUCAACUCAUUUGCACACAUAAAACGUGUUGUUUUAUAUCUCAGAGAUGUGUAUGUAAAUUUAAAUUUAAACAGAGCAUGACAAGACAUUAAGGCCUCUAUGAUGAUGUGAAGUUGGGGAAAAAGAAGAGAUUCAAUAUAAUAAUUUCGUUUGCUGGCAUGAAGCCAUGA